AUGUCUUUGUGUCGCUUUCCGCCGUUGAAUCCUUCAACCGCGAGAUCUACUUCAUCCAUCUCUUCUCUUGACCAUGCUUUAUCUUCUCUGGUGGCUAUGCCGUGGGGGUUCGUGGAGCUUCUGAGGACAAACCUCUCGAAUCUCUCCUUCACUUCACCAAAGCGGACAAAGCGGUGGUCGAGUUUCUCUCUCUCUCCGCCGAUGACUCCUUUUCCGGCGAGACCUUUUCCACCUCAUCUACUGAAGCCUCCGCCAGAUCCGUUUCUCCGCCUUUCACUCUCCCUCUCCGGUGGUCUCUCGACGGAUUCCAUGGCGCCUCAGAGGACAAGGUGUCCGGAUCUGUCAAUCACACUACCAGAGCUGUCGGGGCUAGAGUGUGAGGCGCUCUUCUCUUUCCGGAUCCUCCAGAUCCGCCUGACGUUGGUGGAGCUAUGUCCCUCACUGUCACCACACGGCUCUCUCCACCGCUAUCUCUUCAUCUCGCUCAUCUUCGCCGUCCAUUAG